AUGUCUGGUGAAGUCCGACAAAGACCGGUUGCCUCCAAGGGCACAUCAAAAUCCUCCCCGGCAACAAGCCGCAAGGAAACGCAAUCCAGCGCUCGCGGCGGCGGCGGCAUUAGCAUCCUCGACAUCUUCCGGGUCCUGCUUACUCUUGUCGUCGUGUCCUGCGGUCUCUCAUACUACCUCACCGACUCCCAGUCUCUGCUCUGGGGCUAUAAGCCAUGGUUCACGAACUGGCCUCAGCUCGUACAAUAUAUUAAAGGCCCCGUGAUCCUAACCCCGACCGAACUCUCCCUCCACGACGGCACCGACCCGGCCCUCCCAAUCUAUGUCGCAGUGAAUGGAACCAUCUUCGAUGUGUCCGCAAACCCGGGCAUGUACGGUCCCGGCGGCGGAUACCACUUCUUCGCCGGGCGCGACGCAAGCCGCGCUUUUGUGACGGGUUGUUUUGCCGAGGAUCUCACGGAUGAUCUUACUGGGGUUGAGGAGAUGUUUAUACCGAUUGAUGAGCCCGAGGAUUUGGAGGGGUUGAGUAGCGGGGAGAGGAAGAAGAGAAGGGAGCAGGAUCUUAGACUUGCGCGGAAGAGGGUGGAGAGUACGAUUGCGCAUUGGUCGGGUUUCUUUGGGAACCAUCAGAAGUAUUUUGCGGUUGGGAAGGUUGUCAAGGGACCUGAGGAUGAGACGAAGGAGAAGAGGGAGCUCUGCGAGGCGGCUAAGAAGCAGAGGCCCAAGAGGAACAAGAAUAAGGGAGACAAGGCUAACAAGAAGAGUGCCUGA